GAGUGAAAGAGGUUGGAUAAAGUCAUAAACCCUGUGUUUUUCAGCUCGCCAUCGGCUCCUUUUCACUCCACUCUCCCCACUCCCAACUCCCAUGAAUCCACGCUCUUUCUCCAUUUAGACCUUUACAAGGUAACUGAAUAUGAUUUUACAUGGAUGCCGUUUGAACUCUGGAGAUGCUUCUAUGCCUUACAUGGCAUGUAAUCUGAAGUCUUAUAGGUUAGCAUCUUCAGGCAUACCUUGUUUGUCUCCCAGCGUUGUAUUAGCGAGUGCUGGAAGUUCUUGGGCCCCGCAUCACAACCGUAUAUCCUGCUUGAAAGGAAUUCAGAUUCUCAGUCUUUCUUUUGCUUCAUCACCACUGUUAAAUGGUGAACUAGGUGGGCUAUCACAUGCUGUACCUAGGUUACCUAAGCGCCGCCAGUUUUUUCGACCUCCAAGGGCAGCAAAGGAUGAUGUUCCUUACAGCUAUAGAUACCCUGCCAUGACCAAGAAGCCCAGGUGGUGGUGGAGAACUUUGGCAUGCCUCCCUUAUCUGAUGCCUCUUCAUGAAACAUGGAUGUAUGCUGAGACAGCAUAUCAUCUACAUCCCUUCUUGGAGGAUUUUGAGUUUUUAACAUACCCUUUUUUGGGAGCCAUAGGGAGGUUGCCAAGUUGGUUUCUGAUGGCAUAUUUUUUCGUUGCAUAUCUAGGAGUUGUUAGGAGAAAAGAGUGGCCUCAUUUCUUCAGAUUCCAUGUGGUGAUGGGCAUGCUUCUUGAGAUAGCUCUGCAGGUUAUUGGCACUGUGAGCCGCUGGAUGCCUCUUUCUGUAUACUGGGGAAAGAUUGGAAUGCACUUUUGGACUGCUGUUGCAUUUGCUUACCUGUUUACUGUUUUAGAGUCCAUGAGGUGUGCCCUUGCUGGAAUGUAUGCUGACAUUCCAUUUGUAUGCGACGCGGCAUACAUUCAAAUUCCAUAUGACUAAAGAAAGGCCUUGAAGGAUGACUAUUAGUUUCCUUUUCUGAUGGAACAUUUAAGACAUCGGCGAUGUGGAUAUUGAUCUAUCAUGGAUUGAACCUGAAAGUUCUGAUGUUUAAUUUUCAUUUCUCUUUUACAAUUUUGGCUUUUGGAGAUAGCUUUGGACCUCAAUUUAACUAAAUUUUGUACCGUCCCUUAUUAUACAUGUAUGUCUUGGGAGAAUAUGUAAUGGGCAUGAACAAGCAAAAGUUUAGGAUGUCUUUCGGCUUUUGGAAAUCAGAUCACCCUAUCUUCAUUGUUGUUGUUUCAACUCAAAGUUCGCCGUAAAAUGGUGAAGUUAAUUAUUUUAGGGUA